UUUAUAGCCAUUAGCAUAAAACUUAUAAUUGAUAGAGGAGUUUUCAGAGGUCAAACGAAAUCAAACAUGGCUAAAGCACAUAUAUGUCUUUCUUUCAUCAUCUUGUUAUACAUCUCAUCAGCAGGACAUUUCAUGAGAGUCAAUGCGCAGAGCCAGGGGUAUUGGUGUGUGGCCAAACCUGGCACCACGACCAAACAGCUUCAAAGUAACUUAGACUAUGCUUGUUCGGAAAUCAUCGACUGUCAAGUUGUAUCGACCGGGGGUACAUGUUAUUCACCAGAUAAUCUCUAUAAUAUGGCUUCUGUGGCCAUGAAUCUUUAUUACCAAGCUGAGGGAAGAUACUUUGGAAAUUGCCAUUUCCAAGGCUCUGGUAUCAUUGCCAUAACCGAUCCUAGCUAUGGAAGUUGCAAAUAUCAGUUUAAUAAGUAAAGCAUGUAAAAGCUGCGUAUCUGUUACAAAACAAAACAAAGAAUUCUAGUUCUGAUAUUCUAUAUAUGAUAUCUAAAGUACUUUGAAGUCUGAAUGGUUCAAUUGUUAAGUGUUUGAGUUUUAUAUCGUUGUCAAAACCAUUAUUAAAUUUAAUCUGUCAGAAAUCCUCUUAUUCAAUAGCAUGUGAGGACGAGUUUAUAGUGGGAAGAAGGUUUGUCUUGUCGCUUAGCUGAAAAGCCUGAAGUAUUUUUAGUAUUGU